GUGUGGUCUGCUGCGCGUGCGCACUACGACCAGAGGCCCAGCGCUGGAACGCGGGGACCCCGGCGCGCCCUUCUGUUGGGCCAGGCAUGGCGGGCGCUCGCCCCUUGUUGAGUGUUCUGGGGCUGCUGCUUGUGUCUGCGCUGUUUGGAGUCCUCGGAGAGCCCUCCAGCCCCGAUCUGGGGGCACACCCAGAACGCCGCUCCCAGGUCAGUCCCGGGGCCACCGAACCUCGGCGGCAGCCGCCACCCAAGGACCAGCGCGAGCGGGCCCGGGCCGGAUCGCUGUCUUUGGGCGCUCUGUAUACCGCAGCCGUUGUGGCUUUUGUGCUGUUCAAGUGUUUGCAGGGCCCAGAUGAGGCCGCUCUUCUCCGAGAGGAAAAAAAGAAGAAAUCCUUGCAGUCAGAACAAGAGCUGGUGCAGCUGACACAACAGCUGGCCCUGACGGAACAGCACCUGAACAACCUGAUGACCCAGCUGGAUCCCCUUUUUGAACGGGUAACUACUUUGGUUGGAACCCAGCGGGAACUUCUAAACACAAAACUAAGAACCAUUCACCACCUUCUACAAGACUGCAAGCCUGGCACAGGGGUGGAAGUUCCAGAACUAGAGGCCAGCAUACCCUUUCCUGAAGACCUGGGGAAAGACGACCAAGAGGCAGCUGGAAGCAGUGAGGCCUGGGAAGAACCUAUAAACUGGAGCCCAGAGACAUGGAACCUAGCUCCCUCCUGGAAGGAGGAGCAGGGGCUGAGGAGAAGGUGGCACAAGACAGUGACAAAGGGUCCAGCAGUAAAUAGGGGGCAAUCACAGGAGGUUUAGUAAAAAUAGUUGUCUUGUACUGGGUGUUCCUCUGUGCUUUUCCCACUCCCAGUUGUACAAACACACACACACACACACACACAGAGUGCAUAAGCCAAGUGGGCUUCCCUUAUUAGGAAAAGAGAGACUGCCUUCUAGAAUGUGAACGGAGAAGACCGAGGGAGCUCCAGUUCUUCCCUUGUGUUUCUGAGCCUACCCAUAUGCCAGCCAUCAAGGCUCAAACUCCAUUUUCUCAUGGUUUAGACAGGAAGGCCUUUGCAAAAACAAAAUAGCAUUUUAUUAAAAUCCAGUGGAGAAAUAAAUUAUAGAACUUUUACAACAUAGGAGGUAGUUCAGGAGGAUCUAGAGUUCAAGGCCACCCUGGGCUACACGAAGCCUUGUCUCAAGAAAAAAAAAAAAACAAACUAUAUACAGUAGCCACGUUUGGCAGCACAUACCUAUAAACCCAACAUAUGAGAGGCUGAGGCAGAAGGAAUUCAAGUUCAUGGUCAGCCUGGGUCACAUAGUAAGAUCCUUUCUCAAAAAUAAAACAAGAAACCAUAGGCAACAACAAAAAAAUGGCCUUUACAAAGCUGCAAAUGGAACAGACAGCUGGCCACAGACAGCAGGAGCUUUACAGGCUCCUCAGUGGCAUGGCAUUAAAGGGGCUUGU